AUGCCACAAAUACCGAGAAGAAGACGAAGAGCAAGAACAGAUAGUCCUGAAGCAUUGACGCAAGCAGAUGUCGAAAUACGCGAGCGGGAACUAGUUGAUUAUCAGAAUGAAUGUUUUAAGGGGGCGGCCAUUAUUCGGCUCUCCGAUUUUGCUACCGAGUGGAAUAGCCGGGAUUUGAUAGAUGAUGGAGGAAAUGUCACCCGAAUUGCCCGAAUUCUGGAGAUCCAGGGAUGUUUACGCCUCAGUAGGCAAUACCACGUCCCCGUCGUAAUUCACCAUCCUGACUGGCAGUCCAAGGUGGUCCAGCAACAGCAGACCCUGGUUCCUAAUCUGGGUUUCCCGCAAUUGGGGACUAUUGAGGGAUACUCUUUCAUUGCCCUUGAUCAUCGCAGUCUCAUCAGGGCAGCAAGAGAAAAUUUCAGAAGACUCGGAGUUGAGGAGCCGUGGUGGAUAGCGGAUAUAUACAUAACUGGGGCCAACAAUGACCUCCCACUAAGAGACGAGCUUCACCGCACUCUUCGAGAAAGCUUUCCCAAUGAGCAUCGGCCGUCGGAUGGGACUAUUUAUCGAAAUAUUCGCCUCUAUCAGGGAGUCUUUUCCGGCGUUCGCAAUCAGAUGGCGGAAAACUAUUGGUGGGCUGUGCUUGAGUCCGAGGACGGAAGUCGCAAAGGAGAAUAUUUGCGGACACUUUCAAAAGACCUUCAGGAAGCAUUUGACUCUCUUUUGCCGAUUACUGGAAUUUGGGCCGGCAUGAGUAUCGGGUUGAUAUUUGAAGAUGCGCUAAAGUUUAAACUUAUACAGCCUAUCAUUUGCUAUUUAAGACAUAUAUGGCGAUCAUUUUUCGGCCUUGUACAUGGAGAUCUAGAUCUUUUGUCUCAAAUUGAUUCAUCCACAGUAGGCCUCAUUAGGUCACGAGCACCGAAGGUUUCUGCUCAGGACUUGAGCGACUUGGAAAAUGAAUGGGACAAAGGGAAUUUGUUUGGCUUUAUGAAUCAGCAAGAUCGCUUAAUGAUCUGGGGACGUUUGAAGAAUAUAGAUUAUCCGAUUCCCACACUUGAGACAUUCUUUCAGGAUAUUUUAUUCCUAGAUGUUGGCCAAACGGUCAUGCGACAGUUAUGUUUCACUCCUCCGAAAGGUGAAAAUACUAUCGACAAAGUCUUGAGGAAUAAUUAUAUUGGAGACUUGCCAGGAUUGUUCCCCUGGGAAGGAAUAGAUCCAAGCGAGCAACUUUGUGAUCUUUGGAGGUUCAGUCUACAGUAUGCAUUCGAGCUGACGAGCAAAAGAGAACACUAUCGUCGUGUCCCGCGAAAAAGCAAAGACAAAAUACGUGCGCUCGAAUAUGGCUUAAUUGAGAGACCAAGCGGUGACCCGCUUUUUCUUUUACAUCAUCUCUUUGCUCUAGCUCAGAGUUACGGCUUUGUUGUUCCCAUGAUUGAAAAUCAUCAGUACGAUGGGACAGAGCUUCCUCGCGCUAUACCAUGCGACUUUCCUCCAGAUGGCGAAGAUGACGUGGAGAUUGAAAGGCGAUCUGGCAAGCCUUUUACCGAUUCUGUCGAUGCUGAUCUAUUUGCACUUUCUAAUGAGUCAUUGAGCCAGAGUUGGUCGGGUCAGCGGGUUAGCGCAGGCUUCAUCCGCCGAUGUGUCUUUCAUGCUUUCUUCUCCUAUCUCCAUCCCAAUUCCAUCAACAUGCCAGUUCGGCGAUCAGUGUAA